AUGGGUAUAAACAAACAAAAGAUACUACUAAAACCCGCCAAAAUUUUGGGAGAAAAACUGCCCAAAAACGUAACCCGAGUACAAAUUGAAGACCUUUUCGCACAAUAUGGCCCUUUAAACACUUCUUUAAUAGUGACCAAGAAUGAUGGAUUUACAAUCACCUUCAAACGUCUAAUGGAUGCACAAAAGGCUAUAGAAGCUUUAAGCGGAAAAUAUAUUCAAAUUAACGGAAUGAGUAUAAUGCUGCAACUUCGAUUUUCCCGAUUUGAUAAAAUAAAACUUGGUGUCUUGUCUGGGAACCAAAGGGCAAUCUCGCUCUAUAGUGAGAUGACUAAGAGUGAGAAGAAGACCAAAAGCCUAAUAAAUUAUGUUAAAACAUCUACAAAAGGCCUCAUCGAGGCCCAAAUGGAGGCACUACCUAAAACUUCAAUGCCUUCUAGUAUCGCAAAUUCCAUUUUAAUUCCAUGCCCAACCACCGAUCCCUUAAAAACUCAACCAGAAACAAGUUCAAAGGGCGUAACUUCAAAAUGCAUCAUCAAAUUAUUGACUGGUGAUUACAAGGCAGAAGCUAACACAGCCACGAUUGAUAAUAUUAGGUUGGAAGAGGCUAAAAUGCUGAUUUGUCAAGGGUUUGGUGGGUACAAACUCCUAGAAAAUAAUUUACAUGGUAAUUACGCCAUUCCUGUGCUUCCUAGGUUGGUGGAUAACAAACUAGUCAUAUCUUAA